AUGGCGUCCAGCAACUCGAAUGCGCACCAGGGCAGCCCGCCUUCGCAGCCGCCAGUGCCAGCCACGCCAGCGUCGCCGCCGAACCGACGCGACCUCAGAACGUGGUGGAAGAACUUCAAGCUGCCCACCAAGCAUCAGGACUCGUCAGCCCAGGAAAACCGUGGCCCAGGCAUCUUUGGCGUUCCGCUCCGACAAAGUAUAACAUAUGCAAACGUUGCCAUUUCUCUGGUCGACGAGAACGGACGAAGCUACAUCUACGGCUAUGUGCCCAUCGUUGUGGCCAAAUGCGGUGUCUUCUUGAAGGAAAAGGCUACCAGCGUCGAAGGCAUCUUCCGUCUCAGCGGCUCUGAGAAACGCAUCAAGGAACUUAAGACGAUUUUCGACUCGCCUGAUCGAUACGGCAAGGGGCUCAGCUGGGAGGGAUAUACCGUGCACGAUGCUGCGACGGUGCUUCGAAGAUAUCUAAACGACCUGCCUGAACCUGUGGUGCCGCUCGAUUUGUACGAGAAGUUCCGCGACCCUCUCCGAGGGGCCACAAAGCAGGCAGUCGGUGACACAGACGGUCCUCAGUUCGUCGAGAACUUUGAUGAGGCGGCUGCCAUUGCCAAAUAUCAACAGGUAAUCACUGAGUUGCCCCCACUGAACAAGCAGUUGCUUCUUUACAUUCUGGAUCUACUGGCCGUCUUUGCCGCCAAGUCGGACGAGAACCGCAUGACCUCCCAGAACUUGGCGGCCAUCUUCCAGCCCGGCAUGCUGUCACACCCGGCGCACGCCAUGGCACCCGAGGAGUACCGGCUCAACCAAUGCGUCAUCAUUUUCCUCAUUGAGAACCAAGACCAUUUCCUCAUCGGAAUGGAGGGAACAGAGGCAGAUGAGAAGACGAUGCAGCAGGUGGCCGCCGGACCCUCCGCCAACGUGCCGCGGACGCCCAACGCGGAUCACAGUUCGGGCUUGGGGAGAACAGCCUCCAAUGCCAGCGCUGGCGCCGAGAGCGUUCGGAGGGAGGGCAUGAUCCGACGAAACCGAUCCGUCUCCUCGAGACAUUCCAGGCCUGACGGCGCUGCUACCCCCAACAGCCCGGCCCUGGCGGCAACGCCAACUGGCGGUGGAUUAGCUAGGAGCAACACCGUGCCAUCCAAGAAGUCUCCGGCUCUGGUCGGGGGAAAAUUCAAAAAGUCUGAGAACCCUGGCCGUGCGCCGCACUCGCCGGCUCUAGAACCCUUGACUCCGGCUCACCCCUUGCCAGAGACGAAGCUAGAGACGCCCCAGAGAGGUUCGACGCCGAACGCAUCGCAUACGACUUUUGAGUCAAUGCACCUCUCCCCAGAUCGGGUGCUCUCGCCGGGCCGAAGCCAAGAGAGGCUCCUGGACGUCCCACACGAACACUCGACGCCUUCAAAGCACCAUCACCACCAUCAGAACCUGCAAAAGCUGGGAGACCUCUUUCAGCGAUCGCCCAACAAUGACAGCAGCGAAAAGAGACAGCCAAACAAGCUCAAGAAGAAGCGGAUACCGGGCAGCAUGAGCAUCAGUGCUCAGAGCUCCGUCACGUCGCUUGGCCAUUCUGCCUCGCCAGGUACGGAGGCCGGGAACCCCCUGGAGCCAGCUCCUGCUUUUGCACAGCCCAUCGCACAGCCUCAGUUCCGUUCGACUACCAUGCCUCAAUCAGCGCCUUAUGCAGCGCCUCAGCCAGCGCCUCAGCCAGCACCAUUUGCUUCGGCACCGUCUGUGGAGACUCAGAAGCAACCCGACCUGCAUCACCAGUACUCAACCCCUGCAAUUCAUCAGAAUCACGGCGACUUCCACAACCACGCCGUUUCUCACUACCACGAGCACAACCUGCGAGCUGAGGAUAUCCCACGGGGGAAGAAGUCGCCGCCCGCGUCGGUCGGUUCAUCGUAUAAUGACGGCUCGGACUUUGAACAGGUUGCUCAAGAGGCCCCCUUGCCAUCAAUCAUCGAGGCCGCCGAUAAGGAAAAGAAGAGCCGGUGGCGGCUGUCGAGAACGAAGAAGGAUGACUCGGCAAACGGACCAACUAGCCCUAGGGCGUCACCCCCUCAGUCCAACAUUGGCUCGAACCAUCACGCAGACAUCAGCACCACCUCGAUUGGAAGCGCCAUUGCCAAGCCCCGUCAGAGUUUUACCGGCGAGAGCUCAGAGCACCUAGGGAGUGGCAGUGACCGCCCGUACACGCAGGACAGCUUCAGGGAUGAUAAGGACGACGGCAAAGGCCCCUUUGGCUGGAUAAAGCACAAAUAUCGCGAGGCCAAGGAAACCGCCGAACAGAAGCGUACCAAAUCUCCGCCACCAUCAGACCAACACCAGCCAUUGAACCCGAGUGUGCUAGCACCACGAGGCAAGAGCUUGGAUCUCAACCGAGAGGAAGAGGGCUUGUACGCAAAGCCAGCCCAGCAGGAUCUGAAAGGCAAGGGAGUUGUCCGACCCGAGGCAUACAAGCCCUUCACCCAGGUUGACGCCGCUCAGAGAGAGCCUUCUUCUCAAGGCAUGACGAUUCACAGAAUCAUCAGUGACACGGAGAAGGCCCCGGCAGAACCGAUUUCUCAGAACGCACCGGCUCCUCAACCUGAAGUUGCACCCGCUGCCGAAGCGCCGCUGCCCUCUGUUGUAGAGCACAAAGAGCAGGAGGAGACACCAGCAUAAUGGCUUCUGGUCAGACUGCUUUCUAUGAAGACGAGAUGCAUUCAUGAUUACGUGGAGUUGGCGGGAUGGGCUUUGUUACCCCCUUUUUUUGUUUCUCAAUGAUGCCUCUUCUCAUCUUGGCCCGGGAUUUAAGCCUUUGACCUUUGUCCCAUUGUUCUCUAGAAGUAACGAAUCUCCUUUGUCAUGAUGUACCUCGAAUGUUGUUUCAUCUCUUUUCCGAUGGUCUUCCCGGUCUUCAUUGGUCUCUACUCGAUUGAGAGACGAAAGAGAGACUGAAGGGUUGAGUGGAGAAGGGGCAUUUUUUUUCCAUUUCUCUUGGGGAGGUCAAACCGAAAACA